AGGAGGGCCCGGGCGGCGCCCGGCUGGGCGGCGGGGGGGCGCCCCCAAGAUGGCGGACCAGAUCCCGCUGCGCCCGGUGCCGCGCAGCGCCCAGCGCAGGGCGGCCUAUUACAGCAGCGCUGCCGCGGCGCAGCGGCACAGCAGGUACCAAGCGGAAGAUGAGUCCUCUCAUUUGGAUGAAAUGCCACUAAUGAUGUCAGAAGAAGGCUUUGAAAAUGAUGAGAGUGAUUACCACACUUUACCAAGAGCCAGAAUUUCUCAGAGAAGAAGAGGCUUAGAAUGGUUUAUCUGUGGCGGCUGGAAGUUCCUUUGCACUAGUUGUUCUGAUUGGCUCAUAAACAUUUGUCGAAGAAAGAAAGACCUGAAGGCUCGCACAGUGUGGCUUGGGUGUCCUGAAAAGUGUGAAGAAAAAUACCCCAAAAAUGCCAUAAAAAAUCAAAAGUACAACAUCUUUACCUUUAUACCUGGGGUUUUGUACGAACAGUUCAAGUUUUUCUUGAAUCUCUAUUUUCUCAUCGUGUCCUGCUCACAGUUUGUACCAGCACUGAAAAUAGGCUACCUGUACACGUACUGGGCUCCUCUGGGAUUUGUUUUGACGGUCACAGUGGUACGGGAAGCUGUUGAUGAAUUUCGACGUUACAAGAGAGACAAAGAAAUGAACUCACAGUUGUAUAGCAAGCUGACAGUACGAGGUAAAGUGCAAGUUAAGAGUUCAGACAUACAAGUUGGAGACCUCAUCAUAGUGGAAAAGAAUCAACGAAUCCCAUCUGACAUGGUGUUUCUGAGAACCUCGGAAAAAACGGGUUCAUGUUUCAUUCGAACUGACCAGCUGGAUGGGGAAACAGACUGGAAACUGAAGGUUGCUGUCAGUUGCACACAAAGAUUGCCAGCUUUGGGGGAUCUCUUUUCAAUCAAUGCUUAUGUUUAUGCUCAGAAGCCACAGCUGGAUAUCCACAGUUUUGAGGGUACUUUCACACGGGAAGACAGUGAUCCUGCAGUUCAUGAAAGCCUAAGCAUAGAAAAUACAUUAUGGGCAAGCACUGUUGUUGCUUCGGGAACUGUAAUUGGUGUUGUUAUUUACACAGGCAAGGAAACACGAAGCGUAAUGAACACAUCCAAUCCAAAAAAUAAGGUUGGCUUGCUAGACCUGGAGCUGAAUCAACUGACCAAAGCCCUGUUUUUGGCUUUAGUUGCACUAUCAGUGGUUAUGGUCACUUUGCAAGGAUUUGUAGGCCCGUGGUAUCGCAACCUUUUCCGGUUCCUCCUCCUGUUUUCCUAUAUCAUCCCAAUCAGUUUACGUGUCAACUUGGACAUGGGUAAGGCAGCCUAUGGGUGGAUGAUUAUGAAAGAUGACAAUAUUCCUGGAACAGUUGUUCGAACUAGCACCAUACCUGAAGAGUUGGGACGAUUAGUUUAUUUACUAACGGAUAAAACAGGAACACUUACACAGAAUGAGAUGAUAUUUAAGCGCCUCCACCUAGGUACUGUUUCCUAUGGAACAGACACAAUGGAUGAAAUACAGAGUCAUAUUAUUAACUCUUAUUCACAGGUCCACUCUCAGAACAGCGGGAACAGUACGAGCUCAACACCAUCCAGGAAAGCUCAAUCGUCGGCGCCCAAAGUGCGCAAGAGCGUCAGCAGUCGGAUCCACGAAGCGGUGAAGGCCAUCGCGCUCUGCCACAACGUCACCCCCGUGUAUGAAUCCCGGGCUGGGGUGUCUGCAGAGACAGAGUAUGCAGAAGUGGAUCAGGACUUCAGCGAUGAAAAUCGAACUUACCAAGCUUCCAGCCCUGAUGAGGUAGCUCUGGUGCAGUGGACAGAGAGUGUUGGUCUCACUCUGGUUAACAGGGAUCUCACCUCAAUGCAGCUGAAGACCCCUGGUGGGCACAUCCUGACAUAUUACAUCCUGCAGAUCUUCCCCUUUACUUCUGAGAGCAAGCGAAUGGGCAUCAUAGUUAGGGAUGAAUCUUCAGGAGAAAUUACAUUUUACAUGAAGGGUGCAGAUGUUGCCAUGUCCACUAUUGUACAGUACAAUGAUUGGUUAGAAGAAGAGUGUGGUAAUAUGGCCCGAGAAGGACUGCGCACACUAGUGGUUGCCAAAAAAUCCCUUACUGAAGAACAGUACCAAGAUUUUGAGAGUCGAUAUAACCAAGCAAAGCUAAGCAUACAUGAUAGAAACCUGAAGGUUGCUGCUGUUGUAGAGAGUUUGGAGCGAGAAAUGGAAUUACUGUGUCUCACUGGAGUAGAAGAUCAGCUGCAAGCAGAUGUUAGACCAACUCUAGAGAUGCUAAGGAAUGCUGGAAUAAAGAUAUGGAUGUUAACAGGAGAUAAACUGGAGACAGCAACUUGCAUUGCAAAAAGUUCUCACUUAGUGUCUAGAAAUCAAGAUAUUCAUAUUUUCAGACCUGUUGUCACUCGAGGAGAGGCUCACUUAGAACUAAAUGCUUUUAGGAGGAAGCAUGACUGUGCCUUGGUGAUAUCUGGGGACUCACUUGAGGUUUGUCUGAAGUAUUAUGAGCAUGAAUUUGUAGAGCUGGCUUGUCAGUGUCCUGCUGUGGUGUGCUGCCGAUGCUCUCCCACCCAGAAAGCCCACAUUGUGAAACUGUUACAGCACCACACCGGGAAACGCACGUGUGCAAUAGGUGAUGGAGGAAAUGAUGUCAGCAUGAUCCAAGCAGCAGACUGCGGAAUUGGAAUUGAAGGCAAGGAGGGAAAACAAGCUUCUCUAGCAGCUGACUUUUCUAUCACACAGUUCAAACACAUAGGUAGGCUGCUGAUGGUACAUGGUCGAAACAGUUACAAAAGAUCAGCAGCACUUGGUCAAUUUGUCAUGCACCGAGGCCUUAUUAUUUCAACUAUGCAGGCUGUAUUUUCAUCAGUCUUCUACUUUGCAUCUGUUCCCUUGUACCAAGGAUUCCUAAUGGUAGGGUAUGCAACCAUAUAUACUAUGUUUCCAGUCUUCUCUCUAGUAUUGGAUCAAGAUGUGAAGCCAGAAAUGGCAUUGCUAUAUCCAGAACUUUAUAAGGAUCUCACAAAGGGAAGAUCUUUGUCAUUUAAGACCUUCCUCAUCUGGGUUUUAAUCAGUAUUUACCAAGGUGGUAUUCUGAUGUAUGGAGCCCUGCUGCUUUUUGAAUCCGAGUUUGUUCACGUCGUUGCCAUUUCCUUCACUGCCCUGAUCUUGACUGAGCUCUUGAUGGUUGCACUGACCAUACGAACGUGGCACUGGUUAAUGGUGGUGGCUGAAUUCCUCAGUCUUGGCUGCUAUGUGGCCUCUCUUGCAUUUCUAAAUGAAUACUUUGGUAUAGGCAGAGUGUCUUUUGGAGCUUUCUUAGAUGUUGCCUUUAUCACAACUGUGACCUUCCUGUGGAAAGUGUCAGCAAUCACUGUUGUCAGCUGUCUUCCACUUUACAUUCUCAAGUACUUGAAGCGCAAGUUCUCUCCUCCAAGUUACUCCAAGCUUACCUCGUAAAAGUGAUUAUAUUCCUCUGGUUUUUCACUCACUCCAAUCUGCAGAUUGCAUAUUCACUGUGCUUUAGUGUCUAUGGAUUCACGUUGGACUAAAGAAACUUAAAACAAAAAUCAAAACUCAAAAGGGAUAAUGUGAAUAGAGCACAAAAAGAGGAGGAAACAUCUGAGAGAUACAAUAACACAGAAGUACACUAAAACUAUCAGAGAUAAACUAAAUUUUCUUUGCGUUGAUUUUCUUUUUUUCUUUCAUUUGUUAUGAUUAUAAAAUAAAACCAAAUUACCUUUGAUUUGACAAUGCUUCUGAAUGGUUUCAUUGCUACUGUAAAGGAUCUUUUGCUACUGUAAAGGAUUUUUUCCAACUAUGUUUAUCUUCUGCAAGUUAAAUUGAAACUUUUGUUAUUUAUUACAUAAAUUUCCAUCUUUAAUUAUUGUAUGACUUCCUAAUUCAAGCCCUUUCUUUUAAUGUUUAUAUAUGGAAAAGUUUGUUCAUCCAUACUUACUCUAACAAACCUAAUACCUGUAAAUGCCUGUGUCUGUAUUAGCAGCUAUUAUUCCUCAUCAGACAUUGAUUAAUAUGCACUAUUUGAAUUAUGUACUGAUGUCUGCAUAGCACAGUAUUAUUUUAGGAGCUGUUGUCCUAUUCUGUAGUCUCCAUUUCUGGCACCAGUAAAUUACAGAUGUGUGAUGUUGACAGCAGUUCUUUAAAUGCACAUUACAGCCAGGUUGCACAAAAGCUGUUUAAAAAUUAAAUUAUAAAUUCUGUACAUAAUUCCACAGCACUUAUUGAUCUGUACAGAUAUCAAAACAUGGCUGCUCAGUAAAUAUGUUUUAAAGUUCUUAUUCAUUUUGUAUUUGUAAAACUGCAAAUAGUGUCAAAGUACAUUUCUAUAUAUGAGAAGUCCAGUAAACCUUGUAUUAGCUAAUAUGACUAAAUUGCCUUGUAAUCUGUUUACUUAGGUUACUCAGGUAAAAGAAAAUAAGAGGAACACAUGAACAUCAUGGUAGGAAAAUCUCUCAUCUUCCAAGUUGUAAAUGUUAUGUUUUUAUAACUUAGUUUGGGUGCAAACUUGUCAAAAAAAAAAAAAAUCAAAACAUUUUUGCUCGUAAGCUGUCAGAGUUGAGUGUCUUGGCUGAGUUAUGACACCUUAUUGCAGCUGAAGAUUUGUUCCAGAAACUCAAAUACUCUGAUACAAUCUGAAGGGUCCAAAUCUUGCACACUGUACUGGCAAGUAGGAUAUAUUAAUUUUCUAUUGUGAUAUAUCUUUGCUUUCUCACGAAGUACAUAUAAUGAAUUUGGCAUAGUCUGUUAAUCAGAGGAAAGGAACAACAUAAUUAUUCAUGCUUUCUUUAUUAAAUAUUUACGUGUGUGUUUUUAAAACCCA